AUGACACUAGAGUCGUACCAGACGAUCACGAAGUUGGAAGAAGAUGUCUCAAACAUUACCAAAAAGCUCGAUGAUACGAAGAAUGAGCUCGAUACAGUCACCACGCGCAAUGCUGAAUUGUCCGUGACCAGCAACAAAAAUGUUAACAAAACAAGCCAAUUGGAAGUCAUGCGGCAAGAGAAGGAGGAGCUUCCGUCCAAAGUCAAAAUCGGGAACAGUAGUUUGGUCGAUGAGCGUAACCAGAAGCAGUCAGAAAUUGAAGAACUUGAAGCCGACGCGGCACGGAGGCAAAAGCAAGAACCAGACUUGAAAGAAUCCACGGACCUGGCUGGUCAAAAAAUCAAUAAAUCCAGAGAGCCUACGGGAUACCUUCAAGGAUUCGAGAACGACUUUGAUCGCUCCAACCCUGGGCUGGAACGCUCAAGCCAGCAUCUUCAUUAUCAAGACCCAGUAGAUCUCGAACCCCUGCCAACAUUCACCCCGGUGGAGGACAGCCUAAACGCAGAUGCGACGGAGUUCAAACCUGGCUCCAAAACUCUCCACUCGCCUCAAGCAUCUGCCAUAACUUCGAACCCUACGGCGGAGCCUGAAUCGAUCAGACCAGAACCACAAGCAACGGUGAAAAUACGGCAACCAUUGACGAGCCGAGAAGCUCGCCAAACCUGGCGCCGAGGACGCCAGAGAAGAAGCAAGCAAACUCAUCACUUGGGCAUCAACCGCAUGAUAAGUAGCCCUCCGCUUUAGGUCCGCCAACAUGCAGGAACUGUCAAACGAUGUUUCCCACCAAGAACGAACUUCAUGGACAUUUAAAGGCUUGUAAGCCGCCGUGCGAAUAUUGCGGUGCAAAGGUACCAGCAGGCAAGAUGAAAGAGCAUGUAAACACCUAACACAGACCAUGCGGUCACUGCGG